AUGAAUUUCUUUUUGAUCAUUUUUUUAUUUGGACUUUCUCCCCCAGGGAUUAGCAAAAAGUUCAGCAGUUCAAUAGGUCUCCCUGAAACUAUUAUUUUAUCAAGACACAAUGAAGACAUUAACAAAAGCACUGAAGGUGAUAAUAGUGAUAUUAAUGAUAGUGCAAACUUUGAUGUUACUGAGGAAUAUGACAUAGCUCCACUACAAUUGACAGUUGAAAAAACUUUCAAUUUUUCUGCUGAAAGCUAUGGAAUAUUAAGAGACAGUAUGCAUAACCUUCAAGACUACCUUAAAAACCAUUCAAGGGAAAUACCUGAAGAAGAAACAAAGCGCCCUGAAGUAUAUGACUAUAAUGAUUUGGGACCAAAAGAACUCCCUGACCUCACAUAUCUAGAUAUACUUACUGAAGAAGAAAAAAAUCGUGAUCCUGAAAUGGGCCAAUACAGGAGCCAGUUAAUUGAUGUAUUAGAGGAACUGCCCAAGCAACCAAAAAAUAAGAAAAUGGAAAUGGAUGAGAAAGCAGUUAUUAAUGAAAAUCAAUCGACAAUUGCAAUCCCUGACAUCCCUCAUGAGACUGUUAGCCAAUCUCUUCAAAGAGAAGAAGUAAAGCUAAAAAUAAUGCUGAUUAUAUCAUUGUUGACACUCAUCAUUUUCUUAAUCUUCAUGUGUAUUUGUUGUUUCAUUUUCUCCCGAGUGCGAGUGCAGAAGAAAAGGGUCUUUGGCAUCAGAGAAAAGAAGUGACUAUGGAGAAGAGCAGACUGGGAAACUGGUCCUAAAAAAAAACCAGUUAAAAAAAAUCUUGCCAUCAGACCUGAACUGGCAACCAUGUCUUAUUUUCAACCAGCAGAAGGUGUAUCAGAAACUUCCUUUUCUAAAAGUACACCUAGUAGCACAGUGUGGGGGCCCGGAUCUCCAGACUUUAAAAAAGGAAUGAACGUGCCAGAAGCAACAGCAUCAGUAUUAUUUCUACAUAAAAUUGAUGCACAGUGCAUGAAGUCAGAGACCUGCAAUGAACUACCCAGUAAGGAACUUGAGCUUAGCAGUACUGAGCUACACAGUAUGGAAAAGUCCAGUGAUGAAAUGCCCAGUCAGGAGUUGCCCAGUAAAGAGGCUGAAAAUAGUGGAAAAUAG